UUUCCAACUUCACAGAGACAUCAUGCGCUCUCUGCUUCUUUUCCUCUGCCUGUCCCUGGCCGGGACAAAAGCAGCAGGGGCAUCGGACCCUACUAUGCCCUUCACGGUGUACCUGGACCAGGACCAUCUGGUUUGCCUGAAGUGGAGAUUUGAUCAUCUGCAGGGUAACAUUGCAUUCAAACUGAUUGUCAACACGACAGGCUGGGUGGGCUUUGGCUUGAGUCCGAACGGUGGAAUGAAGGGGUCAGAUAUCGUCAUAGGGGGACUUGGACCCAGUGGAAGCUACUUCACAGAUCGUUAUGCCACAGGGAACUCCGUGCCUCUGGUGGAUACGCAGCAGAGCUACACUCUCCUGUCUCUGAAUGAAACUCAAGGUCAAACCAUCAUGACGUUUCAGAGGUCCAUUCAGGCGUGUGAUGACCAAGACUUCCAUAUCACUGCUCAACCCAUUAAGCUGAUCUAUGCCUAUGGAACAACAGAUGAGAUCACUUACCAUGGUGCCCGCAGAGGCACUAAGGAGGUCAAUCUGCUGAACUAUAUGCCCAGGACCUCCCUACCCAACCUCAACUAUCUCAGUGCCACCGUGGACAAUAUCACUAUCCCCCCCAUUCAUACCUACUACCACUGCAAGGUCAUGAACUUUCCAAACUUAAAUACAAAACAUCAUAUAUAUCAGAUUGAACCAGUGAUUGAGCACCAUGACAUUGUUCGUCACAUGCUUCUGUACAGCUGUCCCUCCUUUGUGACGCAACCGCGUGACAAGCCCUGCUACAUGGGCGACAUGGGGGAUCCCUGCUUCGGGGUGGUGGCCGCAUGGGCAGUGGGAGGAGGGGUAUUUGAGCUUCCAGAAAAUGUGGGUAUUCCUGUUGGAGGUGGGGACAGUGAUACAUACUACAGGUUGGAAAUCCAUUACAAUAACCCAAACCUUGUAGCAGGCAAGACAGACAGCUCAGGACUAAGACUACACUAUACAGCCCAACUUCGGCAGCAUGAUGUGGGCAUCCUGUCCACAGGUCUGCUGCUGUCUGACCAUAUGGAGUACAGGAUCCCCCCAAACGCCCCUCAAUUCCACACCUACGGCAUCUGUAAUACCACUCUCUUCCCUCAGUUUGUGAAUCCUGUGCCUGAUCUUCAAGUGUUCGCUGUGAUGUUGCACACUCACUUGGCUGGGAGGAAAGUCAGAGUUGGCCACUACAGAAAUGGACAGCAGAUCGACUUCUUGGGCUUGGAUGAAAACUACAACUUUGAGAUACAGCAGAUCGUCAGCUUGGGAAACAUCAAGAACAUCAAGCAGGAUGAUGAGCUUGCAGUGGAGUGCACUUACAGCACUGUCAAUCGCACUGGAAUCACUAAGAUGGGGUUAGCAACCACUGAUGAGAUGUGCCUGGCCUUUCUAUUCUACUACCCUGCAAUCAAAAUUACCUCAUGUAUUAGCCAUCCAAAUACAAUGUCUCUAUCGAAUACAAGCUACCAGAUGUCUGAGGAGACCACAUCCGACCUCGAUGAAAUUGCUGAGUAUCAGAGUUUGCUAAAUUCCCUACCACAAAUUCAGCUGAUCUCUGAUGAUCACAACUUCACAUUUUACGAAAAUGGCAUCAUCAGGGAGAUGAUGAAGACUCCUACUGUCACUUGUCAGAGUAACAACGCGUUGAGUAGACUCUACACUCCCUGGACUAUGAACCCAGCAGGAAUCAUGCUUUUGCUGCUCUGGAUUGCAAUAAUGUAACGUGGUUGUAUGAGCGACAGAUCCAAUCCAUUGCAAUCAUUAUAAAGGAGGGCACAGCUGAUAAAAUCUCUGUUUGAUUGAUAAAAUUGAAUUGGGUAUAUUCAACUUUACCAGACAAGGUGUAUACCAUAUUAUAUAUGUAUAUUCUAUCUCUUCAUAACAUGCGUUUUCUCUUUGGUAUUAAUUGUUAAUCAUGGAUUGGAUGUCAUAUUAUUGAGAUUUACAUUGCUAUUCUUACUUUAAACUCUGUUUAAGAAAAGCCAAAGUUGUCUAUAAUGUUAGGCCAUGUACCAUCCCUUCAAUAUUUCUGAAUGAAUUAGACCAUUUUGGCUAGUGUUGCAAAUCUAUGAAAAAACUGCUUUAUGGCAGUAAUACAUUUUUAUAUUAUUUUUGUAUCCAUGUGAAUGUGAUAUGGUAUUUAAUUUGCU